CGUCACAUGACCGCGGGGCGGGGGCGAGCCGGGCCGUGUGGGAGCGCGCGGGUGUCCGAGAGCUGCCGCCGCCGCCACCAGAGCCGGGCCGAGCCCGCCGCGCCGCCCGCCACCAUGCUGGCGCUGCUCUCCCGGCUGCUGGACUGGUUCCGCUCGCUCUUCUGGAAGGAGGAGAUGGAGCUCACCCUGGUGGGGCUGCAGUACUCGGGCAAGACCACCUUCGUCAACGUCAUCGCGUCGGGUCAAUUCAGUGAAGAUAUGAUUCCUACUGUGGGCUUCAACAUGAGAAAAGUUACGAAGGGUAAUGUUACAAUAAAGAUUUGGGAUAUAGGAGGGCAACCACGAUUCCGAAGCAUGUGGGAGCGAUAUUGCAGAGGAGUUAAUGCUAUUGUCUACAUGGUAGAUGCUGCAGAUCGUGAAAAAAUAGAAGCCUCUCGAAAUGAGCUGCACAAUCUUCUAGAUAAGCCACAGUUACAAGGAAUCCCUGUUCUAGUACUUGGAAAUAAGAGAGACCUUCCUAAUGCUUUGGAUGAGAAACAGCUAAUUGAAAAGAUGAACCUUGCUGCUAUUCAGGACAGAGAAAUCUGCUGCUACUCAAUUUCUUGCAAAGAGAAAGAUAAUAUAGAUAUCACUCUUCAGUGGCUUAUUCAGCAUUCAAAAUCUAGAAGAAGCUGAAGUCUUCCUGGAAUCUCCAGUACCAGUUGGCCAUAAUCUUGAUUGUCCACUUCCCUCCAUAAUGAGAUAUUAUCCAAGAACCCUGUAUCAAGAAUCUGCCUUUUCACGGUUCAUUUCUCAUGUGCACUGCUGAAGACUUGUAUUCCUAUUCUGUCACAAAACAACUAGAGUUGUCAUGAUAAAGUCAGCACAAAUAUUUAUUUUACAACCAUCUGUGGUGGGAGGGCUGGGGAGGGGCUUUUUAAAAAAAGAAAAAUAUCUCUCUGUCAUGUUAACUAUGAUGGUACACUCUGUUCUGGUUUUUCAGGGCCAGAUUUUUAUAUGAUUUUCAGCAAGUGUUUUAUUUCUAGUAUUCAGUGGCUUGGAGAUGCUGAUGCUUGACAGCAUUGAGGUUCUGUAAGAUGCCACAUAAAGUAGUUAGAAAACAUUUAAGCGUGAGUUGUGGGAUACUGAUUUAUCUCACAAAUGCAUGUGAUGUGUGUAUGUAAGGAGAGAAAUGGAAACUGUUUGCAGAGGGGAGCACAAGGCAUAGAUCAGCAUCACUUAUCUACAGCUGAGAUCUUAUCCUGUCACUUCAAAAAGAAAAAUUUCAUGAUGAAUUGGCAAAGAGUCAACUGUUUAAAUUCAUUUUGUUGCUUGUUUAACAUUUGUGUGGGGGAUGGGAAUGGACUGUUCUGUCGUCAAGCUUUCAAAAAUGGAGUAUUCCAGCAUGAAAACUAAUUGCUAGGAACAUCAGACUUUGUUCAAAUACAUUUUUCUAUCUACAGAUAUUAAUGGUCUCUAUCUGAAACCAGAACACAUGUUCUGAGCAGCUGCAUGACACUUAAAUUACUGAUGUUUUUAUAUAGAGUCAGUUGUUGACCUUUAGCACAAUAUCUGCGUAAUUGUCUAGUGUCUCUCCUGCUCAUGAAAUGGCCGGGCACAGUUUCACCUGGUGCUAUGGAACAUCUAGGCUAUUGUGACAACUCUAGACCUGCCUGCUUUCUUGAUGUAACCGUGUGCAAAGUCUGUAAGUUGCGAGAUGAAAUGUUCUACUGUGUCAAAGCACAAGAGAGCCAAUGAAUUGAUCCUGUUUCUUGACUAGCUCCUAUGGUAUAGGGAAGUAUGUAUAAACUAAAGAUUGUAAUGUUUUUGUAGCUUUACUUUCUCAAUGACUUCAGUAUAUUUAAAGGGACAGACUUGUUAGGACUGGUUUGCUCAUACAGUAAUGUCAGUGUAGCUUACUAGUGUAUGCAAAUACAUGGUACACCUGCUUGUGUUGCCUCACACUGUGUGUGAUUCUUCACCUAAAUGUAGUUUGCAUUAUGUUGGAGUCUUUGGUCGGAAACACUGUUUAGUCCAUAUGGGUUAUGACAAGCCAGUUUUAAUUUAGACUGCCAUGGCCUUACUGUCCUGUACAAACUAUCACACUGUUGCACAGACACUACAUGCUGCCUGCAUUCAGUCUGAACUUGCAUUUUAACUUUUUGUCCCCUUUCAGUUCUCUGAAGCAUGAUUUCAAUUAAUUCAUACUCUGGUGCUGUAGAGGAGAAGGUGUAUUAACUUGCUGUAGUCCAUAGUUCGCCAGGAACUGCUACAGUUACUUUUAUUUAGCAAACUUGCUUGUGCCUAAAAUAAGGAAACUAAACUAGAAUGUGUGAAUCUUUGUGGGGGACCAGGUCACUGUUUAGUUAACUGGCCUAUAGUUAAACUUGAUGUGUUUGGUGUUUAUAUACUUCACUGCUUUCAGCGUUUAUGGCAUCCAAACACUACCGAUUGUUAACCUGUGCAUUACUCUCUGCAUGUGAACAACUUAUACAAUUACUGAACUUUGUAAAUACGUGAAUUUUUUUUAUUUAGGUGGAUGCAUAUGUUGGUUUACUGCUCUUCAGCUUUAUUCAAUAAACUUAUGUUUUGAGGGUUGUAUUGACACUUAACUGACUGACAAGUUGAUGUGGCUUAACUCAUGGCAAUACAUUAUGGGGUGUCUGUCUUCUCUCCCACAAUAUUACUGGGGUGGAAGAAGGCUUGGUAAAUACCUGAGCUUAUGUAUGUUCUAUGGUUCAACUAUUCAAGUGGAAUGCUUCUAAAAAACUACGUUUCAGGCCUGGGGCUUUCUUAGCUUACAUGAACAAGCUUAGCAAGUCAGUCUCAGUAGACUUCAGUGCUGUUUUGUGUUCAUGAAAAGCACUGGUCAGCUGAAGGGUCUUAAGUCUUUCGUUCUACAGUUCUGUUUUCAGGAGAAAAAUGCAUGUGUCUACAAGCUUGUGUCUUGUCAAGCUUAGAGUGAAACCUUUGCUUUUCUAGCAUAAGUGUCAGAAUAGUAGUGCCUGAUCAUUCACUGCCAAUUAAAGUGUAAAGAUCCUUACCUCACUUGAAAGUGAGGCAUUCGUUGACCGAGGUCUUGAACAAUAGCUCUGUUGUGAUUUUUAAGCUGAAGUUACACUGAACUUCCCAAAUGCUUUGUUGCAUUAAUUUUUUUUGGGUCACUGAUAAACUUAUUGGACUAUGUGUCAACAUCUUUCAAAUAACGGUAGCAAAUUGGAUGUCUACUAUUCAUCAGAGCUUGCCUCCACAUAAGCUUUCAAACUUACUGAGCUGUAACAGGCUUAGUUUUUAGGCCUGAGUACUGGUCAGAUAGCAUCCUUCACAUGUAACUGGGCUGCUGGGAAGAGCUAAUUAACUGUUGAGUAAAAGAUCAUGUGCAUAUUUCUGCAGUUGAUGAGAGUUCCCUGUGUGCAAAACAUGCUACUUGGAGUUAAUAUUGAAAGCAAAAUGCUUCUAGACACAAAAUCUGAAAACAGUGUUACUGCUGUAAGAUUUAUCACCAUGUUUGGUCUGAUACCAGUACUAAUAACUUAAAUCACCUGUGGUGUGAACAUAGCCAACAGCUGUUUACUUGAUGUUGUAUUUAAGUAAUAGUUUCUACUUCUAAAUAUAAAUAGCAAAAAAAGCUACACUGGCCACCUGUGAUGUGUGGUCUCUAAAAAGUACAUUUGUAGUGCUUUACUAAAUGACUCCACCUAGGUUUUGACAGCUGUUCUGUUACUGGUUUCCAGAUGCCUUUAGUUACUCCCAUGGCAGAAACGUAGACCUCAAAGAGACUUUUAGAACGCCACGCAGAGGAUUAUACUUUUUCUGUUUCAGGGCUUGGUUCACUUGCUGACUACCCUUAUUUUGAAACAGAAGGGCAGCGUAUUAUGGCUUUCCGGAGAAGUGAGGCUGUUCUCUCCCCUUUCCAGCCUUGGACAGAAAAAUCUAUUUACUCAUGUGGCACAGUUCAGUCCAAGGUUAAACCUUUUUUGUUCUAAUAAAGGUGUAGAGCCUAAGAUAGGCAAAUAGCAGUGUUGUCUGCUGAACCUGGAUGCUACAGCUGUGUUCUGCUUCUAGAAAGCUGUUGGACCAGUCUAAUCUCUCGUGAUGGUUAUGUGUCUCAGGCUCUGUAGUGAGCCUGGACAGUAAAAAAAACACCGAUUGAAUUUCUCACUCUUCAAAAUAUAAAGUUGCUUUGGGGGUUGCAUUUUAGUAACAUAAAUCAUAGUACUUAAAUAUCAGUAGCUGUAGUCCUGAAACUCCGCUGAUGUAUCUGCAGUAAGCCUUGACCAUUAAUGUGUUAAGAAACUUGGGUCUUGUGGAAAAGCAGACACUGAGCCUGAGCGAAUGGUCAUGAAUACACGUGCGAGCUAGGCACCAGUCAUACCUUUAUGAUAACUUCAAAUAGCCAUCAACUCUAAACACUUGUUGGUUUUGUUCAGUAUGAAGUGAUCGAUUGUACCAAUCAUAGAGCAGAAUGUGGAAAGAAAUGUUUGUGCAGGCACCCUCAGCGCUGGGCUGUGUGCAAGUUUUCUUUGGAGUGUUAACGUCCAGCUGAUGCUAGUGUGGAUGGUGGUUUCUUUAAGUGCAAUUACAGUGCAGCAUAAUUCUCAUCAUCACCCUGAGUAGAGCUGAGUGUCUUAGCGGUUACACAGAGCAGUUCUGUCCUACCUACCACUUGGCAACAUGGAAAAUACACAAAUGUGGAACUGUUUCGUCAUCUGUGGAACUAAUAAUCUAGUUUCUUAUUACUUUGUGUUUUCUUAUAUUUUUAUGGAAACAGGUUGGAAAGGUGGUCUUUUUUGGAUGCUGACAUAUUAAACUGCAUAAUCUUCACUUUCUGGUAGAAGAAAGGAGGCCAAAGAAAAUGCCUUAAACAGUCUCUCUGGUUAAAUUAGUAUAGGAAUGUUGUGCAGGGAUCUAUAAUAACUUGAAGUAUGACUUAGCUGGAUUAUCAAGCUUUUAACUUUUCUAAGGUUUAAUUUUAUAGUUCCUGUGGCUGUGCAAUGGCAUGUUGUGAUUUUCUUUGUUUACUGAAUGUGAAGAAUCGCGCUUUCUCCCGGUAGUGUGCCCCAGCACUGCUCCCUGCUGGCUUGCUGUUGCACUCACCCUGACUCUGGAGAGCUGUGUGAAUUUGAAAUAGGGGGUGCAAAUCAGGUUAUUUAAGCUGUCUUGCUAAAAGUAGUGCAUUGCUGAUCACACAAACAGCAAAGCAAUGAAUUGUGUUAAAGGAGAAGUAAUGUGUGAAUGGCUGAGACUGGUAUGUGCUUCAGGACUUGUAUUCCCAAAAUAUGAGUGUAGAAUGACUUAUCUUGCUAAAUCAUAAACCUUCAAUGAGUAGAGUGUUGCUUUAGCACUACAGAUGCUGAGUGUUUAAGUAUGCCAUGGUGAAACAUUGGGGUUUUCUUUUACAUGUCACUUGAAUGGCACUCAAACGGGGUGUGCACAUACUCUUUCAAAGGAGAAGUAAAAUAUUUGAUGUUUUUAUUUCCGUCACAGUGGAAGGUGGGUAAGUAGACCUUUGUGCCAGAAUUAGUGCCUUUUAAUUAUGACAUUACAGAUUUUAUUCUGUUAAAGGCAACAUCUAUCAUUGUGAUCAUUUUGAAGUGCUUAAAUAAAAGUGUUGUUGAAAAACAUUAUGUUGCAUAUUCAUCUGUAGUAGUACAGCUGCUUUUGUUAUUGGUAGAAAUAUAUAAGAAGCCCUCAUUACUAAAUUGUGGGAAACAUUGUCACAGCUAAACUAAACAAAUCUACGCUAAAUUUUUUUUUUUU